GGACCUAAGUCACAACUCUAAGAAACGUCUUCUGGUCCUCUACUUAGUACACAGACAUGAGUAGACAAAUGGAUGAACUCACUGUCGCGUAUGUCUUCCUUUACCUACCGUUCACAACAGACAUUGACAGCAUGAACUACAGUGUAAUGGGUGCGACCGGGACUGGCAAAUCGACGUUCAUCAACCUCGUCAGCGGGUCAAACUUCCAAGUCGGAUCAGGCCUACUUUCAAGCACCACUCAGGUGCAAAGCUCGCAGCCAUUCGACAUAGGUGGUCGUCGUAUGGUCCUAAUCGAUACUCCGGGCUUCGAUGAUACGACUCGGACGGAUACUGACAUCCUACGAACGAUCACAACAUAUCUAGCAAACACAUACCGCAACAACAAGAAACUCAGCGGAGUGAUCUACAUGCACCGAAUCUCAGACCCGAGAAUGGGCGGGAUCUCUCGUCGCAACUUCGGCAUGUUUCGCAAACUAUGCGGCGACAGCACUCUCGCUAGUGUGAUCAUCGUCACGAACAUGUGGGGUGAGAUUCGUGAAGAGGUCGGGGUGCAACGGGAACGGGAACUGGCGACAGAAGACAUCCUAUUCAAACCUGUGCUUGACAAGGGCGCCAAGAUGAUGCGUCACUACAACACGUUGGAGUCUGCCAGGGCGAUUGUACAGCAGUUUGUGAAUAAGGAGAAAGUAACGUUGAAGAUCCAAGAUGAGGUGGUUAGGGAAGGGAAGAGUGUUGAGCAGACUGCCGCUGGUGCGGAACUAGAGGCCGAGAAGCAAAAGGAGCUGGCUGAAGGAAGGCGAAGGCAAGAGGAAGAGAUGAGGCGUGCACAAGAGGCUAUGCGUCUCAAGAUGGCAGAAGAGGAGAGGCGACACAAGGCAGAGAUCGAGGCAGCACGAGUUCGGGCUGAAGCUGAGGCAGCUCGUCAACGGGAGGCUCAUGCUCGGGAGAUGGCUCGACAGGCUGAGGAGCGAUGUCGAGAGGAGGCACACCGUCAAGAAGUGCAGAGGCAGCUGGAAGCUCAAUUAGCUGCACAGGCUGCGGAGAGACAACGACAGGCGGCGGAGGCUCAGAGGGUUCAGCAAGAGAUGAUCAGACAGCAGCAAGAGGCUGCAGCGGCUCAGCAGAGACUGCAAGCAGAGAUGCAAGCCGCAGCCGCCGCUGCUGCGAGACGUCAUCGUCGACACCACGACGAUUGUAUCAUUUGUUAGACUAUGGUUGCUUAGGCUCGAUGGCUGCUCGCAUAUUGGAUGUGCUCUCCUGACUACGUGACUCGCUUUCACCUGUAUGCAUUCUAAUUUUAACAUUCGUGUUACAAAUGCAGCGAACAUGAUCUGGGUGUCAGAAUCUCUGCAGAAUCAGCAGCCUUGAUCGUAAGUGGACGGUUAUUACAGUUUUUCAUAGAAAAGAAAACAUACGCCCUGAACAGGAUUGCGGUACUGUUUUAAUCAAGAGAAAUGAAGAGU